UUGAUGGGUCCCGCCAGCCAGCGGCCUUCCUGGUCAGACAGAGUCAGUACCGCACGAGACGCCGAGGCUGGAGGACGUCUCUCCGGGGCGCUCUUCGUAAAUCCUGUCUUUCUGCAUCGCACGAGGCUCGGUUGACUGACAGAAUCACAUCUAGUCGUCGACACGCCUUCCUGCGAAGGGCUAAGCUGGAGCGACUCAGUGGUCGUCUCGAAUUUUGGACUUGUUCCGAGCAGUGGGAGUUUUUCUGGCGAAUUUUUUUGGAAAUUUGAACUUGUUUUCGGCCGAAUUUUUUUUUUCUUUUCUGUGAAUCGACUGUAAACGAUAUCGAACGCAAAAGGAUUGGUUGGUUACGAGGGCGAGACGGACAGUGAAAUAAUGGAAGAGAAAUUUUAAAAACUUGGACAGUGAAUUUAAAAAAAAAAAAAAAAAAAGUGAAUACCGAAAAAUCAACAGUGGAUAACCAUCUGCAGAACAGAAGUGAAAAACUUUUAAUUUGGAAACAUUUUUGUUUUGAAAACUCCAUAGAAAUAAAAUAGUGAGGAAUAAAAUUCCAUCAACUUAUAAGAAUAAAAACUACAUUACUCAAUAACCAUGAAACUUUUUACAUCAUUUUCUCGAGGAAAACCCUACCCCUGAAGUCACUGAUCACAUCCACCAGUACAGUUUUAAAUUCCGUUAACUUCAGCGAAGGAAAAAUGUGGACUAUUGACAAGUUGCUGUUAAUAGUGCUCGCAGCACAGCUAGUGAAUAGCCAAGGAGGACUGAAGCUAGUCAACAAUGGGUAUGAGGGACUAGCAGUGGCCAUUACGAACGACAUACCCCAAGAGCACUGCAACCAAGUCAUUCACGGGCUGAAGAGUGUGCUCAGGGAAUUCUCAAACAUCUUAUGGACAUCCACCGAAGGUCGAGCCUUCCUUCGUCAGGUCACAGUUGCCCUCCCCCCCACCUGGAGAACUGACUCCCUUACAUGUUCCCUCCUCACCCCUGUCACUCCACUGUCAGUACCAAUAGACAGCCAUGUCCACGUCACUUCCGCCCACCCGGUUUUUGGUGUGAGACCCUGGACUCAGCAGAGCCAGGGAUGUGGACAUCAUGGAGACUACAUCCAACUCGGUGGCGACCUUCUAAGAGCGACGACAAACAACACCUAUGAUCAUGUGGCUCAACUCCUCAUGGCUGAGUGGUCGAAGUUCCGAUGGGGCGUGUUUGAGGAGAGGGGAUACCCUGAUGAUCCGCUAUACCCACUGACAUACAGGGAUCCAACAACAAACAAUCCCGUGCCCAAUAGGUGUACCACAAGGCAAAAUCCAAUAGUACCUUUCUGUCCUACUGCAUCACACAAUCCUGAGGCUCCUACAAAGCACAAUGCUCAGUGCAUAGGGAGGUCUGCCUGGGACAUUAUUGAACACUCUGAGGACUUCAAUAAUGGAAGCAAUAAGAUAACAAAUGGUACAGCACCUCAGAUGCCAUCGUUCACAUUUGUGCAAGAAGCACCCCCACGUUUUGUUUUCGUAGUAGAGGACACUGCUGUCAUGAAUCUCCAACAGAGGUGGGAGUUUGUUCGGAAAGCUGUACGCAGAGUCAUGGUUUACGACGUGCCUGACGGCGCUCAUGUUGCCUUAGUCAUUUUCAACUCACAGGCUAAAACUACUGCACCUUUAAUGAAAAUGGAAUCUAUGUCCGAUGUUCGACAACGCGUUGGCUCUUCUCUUCCCAGAAAUCCAUCGCCUGUACCAGAGAGCAACAAAUGUAUUCUUUGUGGCUUCCAACAAGGUUUGAGAGCCCUUAAUAUUGAUUCUCCUGGUACUGCUGGAUCUACAGUCAUACUAGUAACUACUGGCAAAGGCACAGCUUCCCAAGACGAAUUGGAUGAAAUGGAAAGACUAGCGAAACAACACAGAGUAAGAGUUGAGGCUGUCAUUUACCCAGUUACUGAGAAUCGAGGUACAGCCACUACUACGCAUGGCCUGGAGUCUCUUAUCAAGGCCACUGGAGGAUCAUCUUUCACAGUUAUGGAUGAAGGAGUGGGUAACGACUCAAAAGUUAACAUGAUGGUUGCCCUCAUGAAUGCAUUAUUUUCAGCAGUACGCCACAGCUCUUUGCCAGGCACAUCCAAGGUUCCGGUCCUAAUCCACAGCUAUGCAUAUCCUGGUGGAAUUGCAUCUAUGGCAACUGGUUCUUUCAAUCUGGAUGACUCCCUUGGUCCAAGUGCCCGCUUUUCAGUCUUUUAUUAUGACCUUAACCAUGUUGGUAACACAGUGCAGCUUACUUCACCUUCAGGUCAAACUAUUGCUUCAGUGAAUAUGCAAGAAGAUGGUGAUGCUAAUGUGAUUUUUGUUAAUAUCCCUAAGGCAGAGCGUGGCAUAUGGACAUAUCAAGUGGAGAACAGAGCUGAUUCCCACCAAGGCCUUCACAUUCAGGUCGUAGCCACAGAAAGUGAGGCUCGUCAGAUUAGCAUUAGGCUCUGGACAAGUAGCGAUCAGUCCAUAAUCAACAUGACUGAUUCAAUGACACCAGUGAGGGUUUAUGCAGAGGUAAAGGAUGGACUGGUGCCAGUACUAAAUGCCAGAGUUACAGCAAGGUUACAGAGGCUUGGUACUAACACAACAGGAAGCAACUACAAUUCCAUCGUUGUUGAGCUUUUUGAUAAUGGAUUUGGAGAUCCAGAUAUCACUGGAGGAGAUGGUGUGUACUCCCGUUACCUUCCUGCACUUAAGGGAGCAUCAGGCCACUAUGAGCUCAGUGUAACAGCUGACAACAACAAUGGUCUGGCCCACUCUCCAGUUACUGAUGCAUUCCCAGGCCGUACUUACUCAGAGAGAGACAAAAUUACAUGUUGUGGUAGCAGAAUAAAAUAUGAAUACAUAAAACCAGUGAAUGCCUUCCAAAGAUCAACAGUCUAUGGUGUUUUGGAUAUAGUCUCUCCAAAUAAUGGCAUUGAUAUUGUUCCUCCAAACAGAAUUUUGGACCUACGAUCUCACGUUAACCAAACAUCAAGGGAAGUUUCGCUUCGAUGGACAGCACCUGGGGAUGACUAUGACUGGGAUCGUGCUUAUCACUAUGAAGGUGUCCUGGCCAACUCUUGGGCAGAAGCUAAGGCAUUUAGUGGAGAACGUAUAAGUGGUAUGCCAGGACCAGUGCUUGUGGGUACUGAACAGUCACUUAUACUUCAAAUUGACAAAUAUGAACAAACAAUUUACGUAGCCAUCCGUGGAGUGGAUGAAGCUGGAAACCGGGGAGGAGUUAGUAACAUUGCCUCCUUCUGGCUUCCAACUCCACCCACAACACCCACUGUUGUUACAAGUCCCAAAACACUUGAACCUACAAUAAACUUGGCUCAGCCUCUUGGCCAUGAAGUUUUUCAGCCAGUUAGAGUUGCAGGUCUUAGCCUUGAAGAUGUUGCUGUCAUAAGUGGAUCCGUGGUUGGAUUUUUAAUAAUAAUGGCAGCACUAACUACAUUCUGUUACUGCCAUGUGGCUCGUCAUCGGCGCCAACAGCACAAAAAGGAUCAAGAAAGAAUGGAAGGUAACCGCAAUGUUAUGAUUAAGACAAACUCCACACUUAUGGUAGGAGAUGAGGGACAAGAUUCUGUAGACAGUGCAGUGAAAGAAGAAGCUGGACUUUCAAAAGAUGGACGUCCGAUCUCUCCCAUGCAGUCAUGGGGUGCUUCAAAAUUACUACAGGAACAUGAACGCCGAAUUUCCGUGACAAGUGGUCCUAACAUGGAAGUAUCAGGAUCCUUAUCUCACUGUCAAAAUUUCCAAGAUCCCUUCCCUGAUGUAACUCUGAUUUCAACUCAUCCUUAUCCGACAGCACAAACCCCAUCAACAACCCAUUCUGACCCUCCUGCCUACCAUCCAACUUAUCUACCCGAGCCCCACCCUUCUUACUCCUAUCCGUACCACCCCGGAUACAGCCACGAAGAACUACCCCCCUACACACCACCUGGACAACCAUCACAAUCGUCUCAGGCUUCUACUGUAUACACUCAGGAAAUUGGUUCCCAACCAUCUGAAAUGUCUUACCAAAGUGAUCCAUCGAAUUACCCAACAGAGAUGCCAUCCAUCACAGCAGAAAUACCUUACUGUCAAGCCCCACCGCCAAUGUAUAUUCCCUACCCAGAGCAAGCAUCGUUCAUGCCUCAUGCUCCCGUGCAGGUAAAGGUGCCUCCUCCAGUAGCACCCAAGCCCUCUGCCUCGGCCCGAGCCGCAGCAGUGGCAUCCCCAACGGCAUCGGUGGAGCCCAAACGCCGCAACGUGACGCAGGUGUAGUGUAAUCCACAGCAGGAAGAUUUCCAACUCCUUAAAUCUAGGAAAGCUUUGUGUGUGUAUAUAUACGACUAUCAUCUGCCAAUUUCCAAGCUCCUUUACCUCUCGGACUGACUUUUAUAUGGUUUUUUAAAUGUACAAUAACUGUUGUCAAUACAAAAUAGAGUGUCGUCUUAGACAGGCGUUUAAUGUUGUGCAUACAAUUGUUGGCUGUAAGCUUUGCUCAGAUCUAGUCAUAAAUGUGUAGUUCGCUGUUGAAAAUGAUCAUAAAAACUUGAGGUGAUCUUCGUUUGGAAAGAAACGCUGUGAGUCAAGCAACGUCGAGUUGCAUUCACGGGAUGCCAAUUCGUGAGUCAUUAUAACACGGAUUUAGCACGAACUUUGACCUGCAUUUGUAGUUAUCGAUACAAUCCUCAAAUAUGUGAAAAGAAAAACUCGAGGAAACAGAUACCAGUCUUUACACAUCAUCACUUGCUUGCAGCAACGAAUGGUGUGGUAUUGCAAACUAAAGAAAAAUUUCCUUAGAUGUAACUACAGAACUCAAAGAGUGCUUGUUUCCAACCCAAGACGACUUCUCUCCUUAAAUGCUCUUCAAUGUUUAUUCUUGAGCGAUCUCCGAGUAUAAACACUACCAUUUUCAAAAGUGAAGGACAGCCGAGUUAACAUUAAAGCGAUGUUUUGAACUUGUGUGUAAGGAAAAAUCCAGUUUGAAAAUGUACUAAAAUCCAGUUUGAAAAUGUACUAAGACUUGACUUUAGAGUUUCCAGGAAUAAAGAACACUGUGAGGUAAAUAAUAAGUUAUUUUAUAAGUGAAAAUUUCCGAAGGAAUAUCUAACUUAACAAGGUCUCGGGAUCCUUACACGCAUCUCUUAACUAAUCAAUUAAUUAAACAAAAUGUGAUUGCUUAAUUAACUGAUUACAGUUUCUACAUCACAUUGGUGUCAGCGUUUGAUGUUGUGAAGUAAUGAACUUCGUUCCCAUGAAGAACCGAUGGUAUAUGUUGGGAGGAAAAAAAAAGUUCAUGUGUUUGGAAAAACGAUCUGGAACUUUUCAAAUAUUAAUGAUUUAAUUUCAGGAAAUCGCAUUUGGAACCUCUUAGUGAUAAUACUUGAAAAUACUGAAAAAAGAAUUUUGACUCUGAAUUUUAUAACGAAAUUUUAAAAAUGAUGUACGACAAAAUAUUUAGCUGAAUACUGAACAAAAUAUUUUUUAACUGGGUAACUUGCAAAAACUAUCUGCAUCAUAUGCAAAGGUUUAAAAUAAGAAAACAUAAAGAUACCCUUGAAAAACAGAUAAGUGUAGAUAUUGGUGUCAAGGUAUUUAAAAAAUAACGUACCAGUGAUGAAAAAAAGAAACCUGACCAGUACCUCAGAUAAACAUUAACAUUUUAGAAAAAAAAGAGAAGAUUUUAGAUAAAAACUAAAACCUUACUUAUCACAUCAGAGUGAGUUCAAAGAGAGUGUAUAUAUAUAUAUAUAUAUAUAUAUAUUAUAAUAUAUAUAUAUAUAUAUAUAUAUAUAUAUAUGUAAUGAUGAAGAGCUUCAAAAAUUCCAGACAUUCCUUCUGAGAACAUCUUUUGAACAUGAACGAUUGAUGUUGUAGUGGUAAAACAGAUAAAAUAGAUUUUAUGUACGUAGAAGUAACCUUUUUUCCGAUUCCAAACCGAUCUCAUUAUAUCUUGUAUAUCUG